UGGUGCAGUGGUUAGAGUGCAGUAUUGUAGUACCUCUGCUGCCUGCCAUUUGUCAGUUCGAUGUUGACUCGGGCCUUCCAUCCUUCCGAGACUGGAAAUCGGGAUCCAGAUUGCUGUGUGGAGAAAUUGUUGCUCUUCAAGCAAAGCUACACAACCGCUGCUGCCUCCAGAGCUGACGAUUUUGAAGAGCUGAUAAUUGUAGCAUGGCUUCCUCCAAGCCUAUAGGCAAGUUCUGGGAAUGGGGCAAGAACAUCUUCUGUGUGGGGAGGAAUUACGCAGCCCACGCCAAGGAGUUGAAGAAUGCCCUCCCCACUGAGCCGCUCUUCUUCCUCAAGCCCUCCUCGGCCUACGUCAGGGAGGGCCAUCCCAUCAUCCAGCCCUACUAUUGCAAUAAGCUGCACCACGAGGUGGAACUGGGCGUGGUGAUUGGGAAGAGAGCCCAGACCGUCCCUCAGGAAGCAGCCAUGGGUCACGUGGCAGGCUACGCUCUCUGCCUGGACAUGACAGCCAGGGACACUCAGGAGGAGUGCAAGAAGAAAGGGCUCCCUUGGACUCUGGCCAAAGGAUUCAAUACCUCCUGUCCAGUAAGUGACUUUGUGCCCAAGGAGAAAGUCCCAGAUCCACAUCGGUUGAAGAUCUGGCUAAAGGUGAAUGGAGAGUUGCGUCAAGACGGGGACACGUCCGACAUGAUUUUCCCCAUCCCAUACAUCAUCAGCUACAUCAGUGGAAUUGUCACCUUGGAAGAAGGAGAUAUCAUCUUAACGGGAUCCCCCGAAGGAGUUUCGGCUGUGCAAGAGAACGAUGAAAUAGAAGCUGGGAUCGAGGGGCUGCUGAGCAUACGCUUUCAGGUGGCGCGGCAGAAAAGCCAGCCCUGAUGUGUGGAAGUUCCUUUUCUCUGGAAGCAACUAAGGAGAUUCUCAGUCAUCCGGGUCAUGGUUGUUCCAAAAGGUGUUUUUUCAAAAGGCAAGUGGUUGGUUUUUCCUUGAAGAUGUUUCACUUCAAAGAUGAAAAAGCACCUUCCUUCCCCACUCCGAAAUGGAAAAUAGGAGGCUUUCAGAAUGAUAUCUCCUUCUCUCACACAGAGUGCCACCCACAGUGAUCCCAACCUAUUGUGUACCAGAUACAGUGACUUUAUUUCAGAUAAAUUAAACCAGAAUAUAGCAAUAUACUCACAAACAUACACCAGUUGCCUCAUUGGAGCAGCUUAAGUAAACCUUAACACUGGAAGCCUUUUGCUAUGAUUUGCAGAUAAGAUAUCCUGGCUGUAUCCCUUUGGCAAGCUCAAGUUUAGAAGCUAUAUUGGUUGUCUAUUUCCUAUUUCUGGCUUGUCUGGAAAAGGCCAGCCUAUAACUAUAAAUAAAAAGCCUAUAUAUUUUUAAGACUGCAAAACACAUCAUAUCCUAUAGUUAUAAUCUACCUUCCUUAAAACCGUAACCAAGUAAUGAAGAAAUUUUGCGGCAAAUUGUAUUGUUUGGAAAUUGUAUUU